CAUCUGAUGCACCAAUUUUGGGAAGAACAUUCGCAGAAUUCCUCCCUGGAGGAAAUGAUGCUGGACUCAGGAGCGCAGGAACUCACUCGGGAGGAUACACCUGAGAUACUCAGCCUGCUGCCUUUCCUGGAAGGACAGGAGGUGUUAGAAUUGGGAGCCGGGAUAGGUCCCAAUUUUAGCUUCGACCUCAUCUUCUCCAACUGGCUCUUCAUGUACCUGUCGGAUGUCGAGCUGAACGCUUUAGUCCAUCAGAUGCUUCUGUGGUUACGACCGCACGGGCAUAUUUUCUUCCGGGAAUCGUGUUUUUACCAGUCAGAAUUCUCAGCGGUGGUCCUGCUGCCUGUGGAAUUCUGGGAGUUGAAGUCGACACAUCUGGGCCCUGGGAAACCUGGAUACAGAUACAGGAAGCAAAACCAGAAUCAGAUUUGUUGGCUUCUCCAGAAAGUCCCCCGGGAGCUCAAAAACACGCUUGGAUACGACACCUUCCAGAAGUUUCUGGACAACGAGCAGUACGCCACUCGGAGCAUCCGGCGCUACGAAUGGGUCUUCGGACCCACCUUUGUCAGCACAGGGGGUUUGAGCAGCACCAAGGAUCUGGUCCGUCAACUGGAUUUGAAAUCAGGUCAACAUGUGCUGGACGUGGGCUGUGGCCUUGGGGUCGUGGCUGAAACCUGGCGGGCAGCUUCUGAUCUCGGAUUACUGCUGUGGGCCUCGUCCGUGGUCCAUCGCUUUCACCCAGUACGUCAAGCAGAGGAAGUAUAACCUGCUUACCCCGGAUGAAUAUGGCCAGUUAUUGGAAGAGGCCGGCUUUGUCCAAGUCCGAGCGUUGGACUCCACCAACCAGAUGUUGUCUUCGUUGACUCAAGAGCUCCGAGAUCUAGAGACGAGCAAGGAGAAAUUUGUUCAGGAGUUCUCCGAGGAAGAAUUUGAAUCCAUGGCAUCUAGUUGGCGAGCGAAAUUGCAACGCUGCGCAGCCGGAGACCAGCGCUGGGGAGUCUUCUUUGCUCGGAAGCCACAGUAGAU